AUGUCAAUACCACAAUCGUUGGACCAACGGCCUGGUCUACCCAGGACCGAAACCCGCGAAUCCUUGGAAAACCAGGGCAUUUCAGAAAAGGCACCCCCGAUGGACUACAAUUAUCCCGAUGUCGGUCGUCAGGAAGACCCCGUGUUCCCGGAGGAGUAUACGGUCGAGACUAGCACCGGACUGGUUCCUGAGCGAACGAUCGAACGGAUGCGCUCUCGCACGCCGUCGCGACGUACCUCCAGCCCAGACAGUUCAGAAGAGGAUGUCGAAAAAGCUACCGAGCCUGCUGACUUUGUCACUUUUACUAUUAACGACCCUGAAAACCCCUUCAACUGGUCCCGUGGAUACCGCUGGUACGUCACGCUCGUCGCCGCCCUGCUGGUCGUCAACAUUGCCUACGGCUCGUCCAUCGUCACCGGCGGUCUCGGCUUGAUUGAAGAGAAAUACCACGUCUCCCUUGAGGUUGCAACGCUUACCUGCUCCAUCAUGGUCUGUGGCUUCGCCGUUGGCCCGCUUCUCUGGUCGCCCCUGUCCGAAAUCAUCGGCCGUCGUCCCGUCUACAUCAUCUCCCUCGCUCUGUAUACCAUCUUCAACAUCCCUUGCGCCCUAUCCCCCAACAUUGGCGGUCUCCUCGUCUGCCGCUUCCUCUGCGGCGUCUUCUCCAGCUCCGGACUCUCCCUCGCGGGCGGCACUAUCGCCGACAUCUGGAACAUCGAGGAGCGCGGUAUGGCCAUCGCCUUCUUCGCCGCCGCGCCCUACUGCGGGCCCGUCCUUGGGCCCAUCGUCUGCGGCUGGAUCAACGUGGGCUCCCAUCGACUGGACCUGUUCUUCUGGACCAACAUGGCUUUUGCCGGCGUUGUCUGCAUCAUUGUCGGACUCGUCCCUGAAACCUACGCCCCAGUCAUCCUCAAACGUCGCGCCGCCAAACUCCGCAAAGAAACGGGCAACCCCAACAUUAUCACCGAGCAGGAGAAACACAAACUGACCCUCCGCGACAUCAUCCGCACCUGCCUCAUCCGGCCCAUCAUCAUGAUCGCCACCGAGCCCGUCCUCGACCUCAUGUGCAUGUACGUCGUGCUCAUCUACGCCAUGCUGUAUGCCUUUUUCUUCGCCUACCCGGUGAUCUUCGGCAAACUCUACAACUACAACGACGGCCAAAUCGGCCUCAUGUUCAUCCCCAUUCUCAUCGGCGCCGGCUUCUCCCUCCUCCUCACCCCCGUCAUCGAAAAACACUUCCAUCGCAUCUGUCUCUCCCGCCCUCCGACCCCCGAAGACCGUCUGAUCGGCGCCCUCAUCGGCGCGCCCUUCAUCCCCAUCUCCCUCUUCAUCCUCGGCGCCACCUCCUUCAAACACAUCAUCUGGGUGGGCCCUGCUUCAUCCGGCAUCGCCUUCGGCUUCGGGAUGGUACUCUGCUACUACGCCGUGAAUAACUACAUCAUCGACAGUUAUCAGAAGUAUGCUGCGUCCGCGCUGGCCGCGAAGGUGUUUCUCCGGUCUGGAGGUGGCGCUGCGUUCCCGUUGUUUAUUACGCAGAUGUAUGAUCGGUUGGGGUUGCAGUGGGCGUCGUGGUUGUUGGCCUUCUUGGGGGUUGGGAUGGUGUUUAUCCCAUAUACGUUUUAUGUUUUUGGGGGGAGAUUGAGGGCGAGGUUGAGUAGGGAUUAG